CGGCGGCAGCGGCCCCGCAGCGCUGUCCUGCCGGUGCGUGCCGCGGCCCCGCACGCCGCCCCGCACGCCGCCCCGCAUGCUGGCGCUCAGCGCCGCCCGCCGCCUGCUUCGCCCGCCCGGGGACCUGCUGCCGCCGCCGGGGCUCGCCUGCAUGCGGGCGGCCGGUGCCCGCGGCUGCGGCGGGGCUGGCGCCGGCCCGCCCAACCCGCUGGUGUACCUGGACGUGGGUGCCGACAACCAGCCGCUGGGACGCGUCGUGCUGGAGCUGAAAGCUGAUGUGGUUCCAAAGACAGCAGAAAACUUUAGAGCUCUUUGUACUGGUGAAAAAGGAUUUGGGUAUAAAGGAUCCACUUUUCAUCGAGUGAUUCCUUCAUUUAUGUGCCAGGGUGGUGACUUUACAAAUCAUAAUGGAACUGGUGGAAAAUCCAUUUAUGGCAGUAGAUUUCCAGAUGAAAAUUUCAUACUUAAACACGUAGGACCGGGUGUUCUUUCAAUGGCCAAUGCAGGACCCAAUACAAAUGGAUCUCAGUUCUUCAUUUGCACUGCAAAAACUGACUGGCUAGAUGGAAAACAUGUUGUUUUUGGGCAUGUAAAGGAAGGAAUGGAUGUUGUGAAAAAAAUUGAGAGCUUUGGUUCCAAAAGUGGAAAGACCUCCAAAAAGAUUGUCAUUACUGACUGUGGCCAGCUAUCCUAGCCUUUGGCCCUACCAUUCAGGACAACUUCGAAGCUGUGAAAAGUGAAUCAUAAAAAACCCCAAACAUUUCUGAUCCCAUGAGUAGCACCUAUAGAUCUAUAUUUUCUAUUUAACUUGGUUCGGCUUUUAUACUUAUAUUGAAUAAUAUUUAUUAAAAUAAUAAAACAAUAACUGAAGCAUGUUUUAACUGAGCCACAUUGGUAGUUACACUGUCACACUGAUUUGGUGGAGUUCCGUUGCAUUUUGAAAGCAGUAUGGUCACCCAGAGCACAUCUGCAGCAUUGAUGCCAUUCUUAAGUCUUUGCAUGUUUCAGAUGUUAGGAUUUGACAGCUGAAUAGUUGAGGGUUAGAUAUAAAUUGAGAAACACGUUGUUUCCUUUGGUGCUAAUAAAUGCCUAUUCUGUUGUUUGUCUUGUUGUUUUGAAAGUUGGUCACUAUCUAGCAUGCUCAAGGCUGUGUGCAGCACAACUGGCAGACAUUGUGUCUCAGUGUAAGUCCACCCAACAGAAUUAAUGUGUGGUUGUGUGUUUGUUUUUUUUUAAUUUUGUUUUAAUUUUUUUGGUAGUCUCAGACCAGUGUUUAAAACUUAACUCUAUCUUGCUUCAGUGGAGCAAUAUGACUUUCGUGUUAAAUAAACUGCUUUAGGUUGAGUUAGCCUACGACUAGGGCUCUACCUGGGCAGUAAGACCACGAAUGAGCCAAAAGAUCAUGGGAGUUUUUUGUUGAACAACUGUGAAUUCACUUGUAGUGUCGUUCUGCUCUGAGAUCUGGUUCUGUGAAGAAUACAGCACAGUUCUCAACAGCCUAUUUUUGCACUUGGAGAAUGCAGUCAGUACAAUGAGCUUGCUUGACUGAGAAAUAGAUUUCAUUGCUUUUUUGUCCUGUUGGUCCUGUGAAGUCAGCCCACUUGGGCAUUUGUUGGAUUAUUGCUUCUCAUGCAUCAUCAUCAGAAGUCAAAAUUGGUCACCACAAAAUCACAAGGCCUAAUUGGUGCAAUCAAGUAGUUAUGAGGUUGGUGCAUGAGAAAGAAAGAUUUCAGCCAAUCAUUUGUAUAAAGUGGAAUGUUUUAUGUGGAGUGCUUGAGCAGUAACAAAUGUUGGAACCUCACAAUGUCACUUUCAGAAUCACUAAAGCUGUCAAAUAUUAAUGUUUGUGGAAAAAAAGCACUUGACUGUUUUUGUGCUAUAAUCUUGUUACUGAAGAGAAAAUGUGAUGGCUCUCUUCAAAUGUGAAUUUUAAUUCCAUUGCAUUCUGAUAAUAUUUGAAUUUAAAGUAUUUUACACUGGACUUUUUCCCACCAAGGGCUAUAUUCUUGUGUGUAUGAGGUAGUAUACAGAGUGUAAUUUUGCAGAAACAGAAUUGAAAGGCCUUUUAUUCUUUCCACUAUAGCUGUUUCAUCUUUCUUUGUAGUAUUUUUUAAAUAUUAAUUUGUGCUGGUUUGGCUUUUUUCAGUUUGACAGAAUAAUGAUUUUUUUUGUGUGUGUUCUCUUAAUUUGUGUAUGAAAAAUAAUUAAAUACAGUUCUACCACCAUGGAA